CGAGUAUGCGCCGGCCAUCUUCCUUCAGACCCGCUCGCCCCGAAGUCCAUGUCUCUAUUAUCAGCCUCUAUCAACGAGGUGGCCGAACGCCUCGAGGGUGCCCUCCUCGAGGAUGACCGCAAAAAGGCGAGCGCCACAUUGCCCGAGGUCGGCGAUCAACUCGUGCAGUGGCUCGCGCAG